AUGGCUUUUCACCCCAGGGACGCCUUUAUUCUGCACCAGGAGCAAAUACAGAGGCACAAUGAGGGCGACGAGGUGGACACUUCCGCGGAGCAGAAAGUGCAGAUAGAGCUUCAGCGACUCACAGAUGCAGAGUCCUCGGUAACAAUCGCUUUCUCUCACGAGGAUCACACCUUGGGGAACGCGCUGCGACACGUGCUCAUGCAAAACCGUGAGGUCACAAGUGCAGGCUACUCUAUUCCUCACCCACUGGAGGCAAAAAUGCUUCUACAUGUUCAGUCCACGGAUUACGCCGUGGAGGUGGUUGCGGAGGGACUUGAACGCCUGGCUUCCAUAUGUACCCAGACUCUGCAGAACUUUGAGGAUUGCAUGCAUGAGAUGAGGUGUGAAAGAGUCAAAGAAGAGUAUUAG